AUGAUGUCUGCUCGAUCCAUGAUGACUAUGCGCUCUGCGCAGGCUAGCAAGAUGAUCCUUGGACGAGGAUUCUUUACCACAUCAACACGUCUCGGUCUCAAGGAGUCUUCAACUCAAACCGACGUCGACUACGAGAAGCACAAGCAGGACUCUCUCAAGAAGCAGAAGGAGGGCAGCGGCCACUGGAAGCCCGAGCUCGCUUCUGACAGCGAGGAGGCCGUCAAGGCUGACCGAUCGCAAACCGAUCCUGCGAAGGACAUCAAGAACCUCCAGGAGCGAACGAAGAAGGCGGCCGAGGAGACUCACAAGGCUGGCACCAGCACCCGGGAUAACAUGUAA